AUGGGGUUGGAGUUCAGCUUUGAGAGCUCAGACCUCAAGUUAGAGCACGUGAUUUCCUUGUCUAUCGUUCUCAUCUCGAUGAUUCUCUACUGCCUGAGCCUCGUCCUCACCUCUCUCAGACAAGUUCAGCGGGUCCUCAGGACGCCUCAGUCGCUGCUGGAAUCAGUCACGCCAGAUGGAGGAACCUCGUUUGCUCAAGCACUGCAAGGUGCUCAAACUGUGUUGCGGAAGGCAAAGAAUCUCAAAAAGCAUCACCAAUUCCUGCUCUUGAUGUCUGACGGACAAUCACAUGAUGGAGAGGUGGAAAUGAAGGAGAUCUACGAUGAAUUCGGCGAGAAGAUGAAAGUUCAUACUCUUGCUUUCGGCACAAGGGCGCAGGUCGAUAAACUGAAGGCCUUGGCUCAACUUGGAGGCGGCAGCUUUCUGAAAGCAGUGGACGGGGUCGAGCUUGUGCAGGCCUUUGAACAAGUUGCAUAUAAGCUGACACAUCGUGAAACAUGA